UAGGGAUCGCUGUCACGGACUGACAGGUCGCUCCCACCCGGUGUUAGCCGUUAGCUAGGCGGUACUUUCUGCUGCUGCCUUGUCUUGGAAUGCUGUAGAGGCAGAGAGCGAAGCGAAAACUGAGAUGCGAGAACAAUAAAACUCCAAGUUGGCUUCGUUCAAAAAGGAAAAUAACAACAGCCAAAUCACUCCCGGUUGGAGAGAAAGAGGGAGAAGCUGAGUGAGAAGGGAAGAAGAGAGCAACAGAGCGAGCAUGGACCACCAGCGGCAGAGGACUCUGUCCACUUCAGGAGAAUCGCUCUACGUUGUCCUCGGAGUCGACAAGAACGCCACAACAGAGGACAUCAAGAAAUGUUACAGAAAACUGGCGCUGAAGUUUCACCCUGACAAAAACCCGGACAACCCGGACGCGGCUGAAAAGUUUAAAGAAAUCAACAACGCUCACUCCAUCCUGGUGGAUCCCACCAAGAAGAACAUCUACGACAAGUACGGCUCCCUGGGCCUCUACGUGGCGGAGCAGUUCGGAGAGGAGAACGUCAACACCUACUUCGUUCUGUCCAGCUGGUGGGCCAAGGCUUUGUUUGCCUUCUGUUGCCUGGCAACAGGUUGCUACUGCUGCUGUUGCCUGUGCUGCUGCUGUAACUGCUGCUGCGGUAAAUGUAAACCCCGGCCGCCGAUGGACCAGGAGCCUGAGUUCUACGUGACCCCUGAGGACCUGGAGGCCCAGAUGACUGCAGACGAGAGAGACGGCAGCGAUCCCAUCGUCAUGCAGCCGUCAUCGGCCACAGAAACCACCCAGCUCACCUCUGAAGCGCGCCAAAGCUACAAAACCGACUCCUACUAGACACACACACACACACACACACACACACACACAGCAGAAAGAGGCUGCUAGGGCUGGGAUGUCAUUAAUAUUUGUCCGGCACAUCAGUAUCGGGCGGAUUUACAGCUGCACCAACUUUAACCCACUCACUCGUCUUCCUAAAGACGCUGAAGCUUUUUGGCCAAACUUUUGCCGUGUUUCAGUUUCAGUUGCGUCGCUUUGAGCUCUGUGUUCAAAUCUCUGUUAAAAUAUCACAUUUUUGUGGCGUUAAAAAUUAAACUGCAGUUGAAAUCAGUAAAUCUGCGUGGAAUGUAGAAUAAUUAAAAAAUGGACUGGCAACGUUUUGCUAAAUCAACCCUAAAAGUUGCCAAAAGUUGACCGUGUCGAGCUGCUCAACGCCGUUUUGAAAACAUUUAUGGGUUUUUGUACCGUUUUUUUUUAGUCUGUAUGCGAUUCAUCGAUUACUACAUGAAUUGAUGACUAGUGCAAUAAUCGAUUAAUUUGAUUUAUUUCCUUUGUUAUCGUCAUAAUCUGGAGAGGGUGUUACUAGUUGAUUUCUAAAAUAGAUUAUUGCUAUAAUCGAUUGACUGAUUGUCUCAGCCAAUCACACUGUAGGCUUCUUAAUGAUUAAUCCAUUACUCAAUUAGUUGAUGAUUAUUCAAUUAUCGAUUAAUCAUUCUGGCUCUAAAGUGCUGGACUUUAUGUUUUAAUACAUUAUGUGAACUAAAUCUUUAAUAUGUUUAACAGACUGAAAGCUCCCUUUCUGAGCUGCACCUCUUUAUUUUCUUCACACUAACAGAAUGUGGCGAUUCAGCAGGAAUGGGCUCAGAAAAAAAUGACAUUUUUAUUUAAAAUGUAAAUUAAAACUAAAUAAAAGUCGGUUCUGAACGGAUGUUUAGGAAAUCCAGCGUUAGUUUCCGAGCCGCUCUGAUGUUUCUCAGCAGAUCGGGAUAUUUUAACAGAGAAAAGCUUCAGGUUUGAUUUGUCUCCACUGUGUAAAGGUGCAAACCAGCCCUAACAGCAGCUCUCUCACACACACACACACACACACACACACACACACACACACACAUCCCUGCCAGUUUUCCACUUCCUCUCUUUUUCAACCCUGCAGAUGAAAGUAGACGUGAGCGCUCCGUGUUUUUUUUAAACUUUCAGGUAUGAAAUUAGGGGAAGAACAGGGACAGUAGCAAACUAAUCAUUUGUUCCAGUAGCUUUAAAUAUAUCAGCCAUGACCCAUCAGAACAAAAUCAGCUGUAAAAAUUACAUUUUCCCCUUAAAAAAAGUACUUUAAUAGAGAUUAAAUAUCUAACUUUAUGCAAUAAUGUUUAAAUUUUAUUUUAAAAAGUGGUUUUCUUUGAAGGUGGGGAGAUUAUUCCAGCUAAUUUGAAUAAUUAAUAAUAAUUUCAUGUCUGUAUAAUCACCAGCAUUACUUUGAAUGCCAGAUUAUUCUUCCUGAAUCUACAAAAACAAAUUAUGGAAACUUUCCAGUUUAGUUAUGGGAUUAUUAUUCCCAUCAGAUUUAAGAGCCAUUUUGAUUUGGCUUUUCUGUUUGAUCACAGCUGAUUCUUCCUCUUCUCCGUUUCUUUUUCUUCUUCUUCAUAUGAAGGCUUGUUCAGUGUUGAAGACAGAGGCCACAGAAACUCUCCGGGUUUCAUCCGGCCUCUUUGUUAUUGUAAAAUAGCUCUAGAACAGUAAACAGGCGCCCCCUAGCGGCCAUCGGUGCGAAUUUAUACACUGAUUUUAUCCGUUUUUUUUAGUUUUUGUUUUGUGAAAUGGUAAAAAUGCUGUACAUGUUGUGUAAAGUUACUGUAGAUUUUACUGUAUUUUUGUUUGUUUUCUUGUCUGCAUCUGUAUUUGCUUUCUCUUGUUUUUGUUUUACUUGUUUAUGUUGAUCAUGAAGGGACGAUACUGAUAUCCAAAGUCUUAUUUAAUCGUGUUUUCGUAGAAAAGCAGUUUACAACAAUCGAUCUCAUUGAGCAAGAUUUAUUUAUCCUACAUAAACCUUUACGCAAACCGAAUCAGUUUUAUAAAACCGGGUGUUUUUUCACUUUGAUUCUGUGUUAGGGACAGUAUAAGUAUAAAAACAAAAAGAGAAGAGAACAUUUCUGCAAAAAAAAAAAAAAAA